AUGUUUUUUGCCGCACUCAUAUCAUUCUUGGUACUGUCAUGCAGUGGCGAGGAACAGCCAGACAUCCUAUCUGCUCAUGACGGUGUUUUUGGAGCCCUAGAUUGGACGAACGAGGAGUUGGCGGAGGUUUCUGCAUUGCACACGACAGCUUCGUAUGCCAAAUUAAUGCAAUAUGUUGCAAACAAGUUAGCCAUGUCGGAUGUAGACGAACUAACGAGGAGAAGAAUCGAAAAAUUCAUGAAAAUGAAGCGUCCACCGAAGUUUCUCGAGUCCUUUUUAUCCGACUCUGAUCGGAAAUAUCUUCUUCAACAUCAUGCUGCUGGAGAUUUCCACCAAUAUGCGGUGCUACUAUUCGAACGCCUAUUCGAGCUGCCAAGAGACGAUGCUGUCACAGCCCUCCGCUAUUUCGGUCACAACAGCGAAGCGGAUUUCCUGGAAAAUGCCGACUGCUACGAGUGCGCCGUCACUCGAUUAGCUGAACGAAUCGCUCGUUAA